AUUUAUUAUUAGAACUGAAAUAUUUGUUUAGUAGCGCAAUACAUGUUAUGGCGGGUUAUAUUUUAAGGAGGUUCGGCCAUAGUGUCACCAAUAGUUUAUUGAAAAAUCACAUUUUUGGAAAAGAAUUUCUUAAUCAUGACAAUAAACCUCUUGUUUUCGUCAGAAAUACAAGUUUUUUUAAUAAAUUGCCCGCAGAAGACUUGUGGCGUGGUGUAACAUCUGUAAGUAAUGCUGGCAAAAAAAGAGGCAGAGGAAAAGGAAGCGGUAAGAGGAUUACAAAGAAUUUAAAUAGAGGCCAGUUUAUAGGAAUUGGCAAACAAAAUAUAAUCUGGCCGGGUCUAAAUUCUCCUGUAAUGCGCGGUAAAGAAUAUGUUGACGUAACGAAACUGCCAGAUAACACAGAGCAUGAAAAAAAUUUAGUUAAAUUAAGAGAUAGCGUAAAAGGUUAUCGAAUAAUGAAAUUAAGCCCCAUAGAUCGUGGAUGGACAGGAACUAAAAUGCCUGGUCGCAGUAUUGGACCACCUGAUGCUAUUGGAGAUGAAAGUUUUGAUGGUUUUGAUACUAUUGUACUUGAGAAUAAAAUUGUUUUUAUAAUGAAGGGCAAUAUGGGACGUAAACGGCGAUACUCUGUGCUAACUGUUACUGGUAAUGGAAAUGGUCUAGCAGGAUUUGCACUUGCAAAAGCACCUGAAGUGCGUACUGCUUUAAGAAAAUCGAAAAAUCGUGCCGGACAAAAGUUAUUAAGCGUAAAGUUAGAUUCUAAUAAAACAAUUUUGCAUGAUUUUUAUUGUGCAUUUGGAAGUACCAAAAUAUUUGUAACAAAGAAACCUGAAGGUUAUGGAUUAGUUUGCCAUCGUGCUAUUCAAGCGAUAUGCAAAGUAAUUGGUAUAAAGGACUUGCAUGCAAAAAUAGAAGGAUCGACUAAUGUGCAACAUAUCGUAAAAGCAUUUUUCAUUGGAUUAUUACAGCAGAAAUCUCAUAAACAAAUUGCAGAAAGUAAUCAGUUACAUGUUGUUAAAUUUCGUGAAGAAACUGGUGGUUAUCCCGAAGUUUUAGCGAGCCCUAACGAUUGUAAAGCACGAAAUGAUAAAAGUAAUGAAAUAUGGGACUUCAACCAGCAAACACUUGGAAAUAAAGUCGUAUUAAAGAAAAAAAAGAGGGUACCGUUUUAUGUAAAUAGUAUCGGUUACAAUCUCUAUUUGAAAAAAAAGGAAAUCUUUCGUAACCAAGAUAAAGUUCGUUUGAACAUGUUAAUUCAUGAAGGCGAACUUAGGAGCUUUUUAAGUGAUAAAUAUCCGGAAUGUCGUCCUGCACAAUUCUCAAAGAAUAAAGAACAAGAUACCACGUAAACUACUUAUAAGCUUAAAAAAUGUUAAAACGUUUACGUGAAAACUAUAUGCUGAUAUGUUUCGGAUUCAUUACGCUAUUUUAUAUUUAUUGUAAAUAUUAAUUGCUGAACACGUAAACUAUAUAAAAAGA